GAGCCGCUCAGAGACUGCAGAUAGACAGUCCGGAAUAAAACGAGCCGGGGGUUCUGUUAGCACUGGCUCAGUGCGUGUCUGCCGUGUCCUGCUUUCCCUGUUGACUUCCCACUCCAGCCAUAUCCCCCUCUCCACAGCCCAGACCCACAGGUGUGAUUAUAAAAAAUGAAGACUCACCUUCUCCUCCAGUGCCUUUUGGCAUCAGCAUUAGCUACCACUGUAAUGAGCAAACCUCAUGGAAAACAUCAAGAUUCGCUACCUCAUGGUAAACAUCAAGACUCACCCAAGAUCUUGGAAGCUGACCCAGAACAGGCCAGCGAGGAGAAGGUUCUCCCCACAUCCAUCACCUUUGAGUCCGACAGCCAGGAGCAGGAUGACGCGGACGUGAGCUACGACGACGGCGAGGGCCUGCCCAAAGAAGACAGGGUUUUGGAUGGGGCCGUGCAGGAGGAGAAGAGCGCUCCCGUGCUACUGAGCGAGGAGGCGCUGGCCGACCUGCUGGAGGAGUCCGAGGAGGAGGAGGAAGAGGAGGAAGAUCAGGAUGAGGGCUCGGAGGCUGAGAUGGAGGGAAGGAGCGAGGAGGAGAGCGACAGCGACUCCAGCACGGAGUCGGAGAUCCCCGUCGACAUGGACUACGCCGGGGACAGUGACGGGUUGGGGCCCCAGGACCCCUUGGAGGAGGAGGUCAAACCCCUGUCCGAUGCUGACUCUCAGCUCCUGCCCACGGGAGAGAGCCCAGCUGCUGAGGAGAUCCCGAAGGACAGCGAUUACGAGUCACGAGCAGGAGAAGGAGCGGAGGAGGCUGCAGGAAAUCUGGAGGAGCAGGAAGGGGAAUCUGCCACAGAAAGGAAGGGCCUAGAGGAGGCGGCUGACGCCAGCCAAGAGGACGAUGAGAGAGGAGAGGAAAGCCAAGGCAACGACACACAGGAGACCAAAAGCAGUGUGGAGCUAGGAGGAGUGGCCAAUGUAGAAGGAGCAGCCACAAGAGGAGGAGAAGAAGAGGAGAGCAACAGGAAUGACAGUGGCGCUCACCCUAAGGUCAAAGCCAGCAAACAGAAGAAAAACCAAAGGGCCAAAACACUGUCAGAAACCAGAGAUGCUGAGGAGGGGCCAGGGCCCCUACAGAAGGGCCACAUGGAAAAAAAGCCUGACACUGUGGAAAACACCGUUCAGAAAUCCAAAAAGAGAAAGAUCGGGAAAUGGGCUACUCUGGUAGGCCUGAACCCUGUGCAGAUCCGAGCGACAGAAGAACUGUACCCCAAUGAGCGCCUGUCCCAGGACGAGAGCUCGGAGGAAGCUCCUGUCAAUCCCUGCAGAAAUUUCCGGUGCAAACGCGGGAAGACGUGUAAAGUGAACGAGGACGACGAACCAGUGUGCAUCUGUCAGGACCCCUCCUCAUGCACGCCCAGUACGACUGCAACUGAACAUGUGUGCGGAACAGACAAUAAGACUUAUGACACGUCCUGUGAACUCUUCGCUACAAAGUGUAACCUUGAGGGCACCAAGAAAGGCCAUCGGCUACACCUGGACUAUACUGGAUCCUGCAAAUACAUCGCUCCCUGCCAGGAGGGGGAGCUGUUGCAGUUUCCGCUGCGCAUGCGGGACUGGCUGAAGAACGUCCUGCUGCAGCUUUACGAGCGUGACACGAGAAAUCCCGGCUUCCUCACGGCCAAGCAGCGAGCCAGAGUUCAGAAGAUCUAUGAGAGUGAGAGAAGGCUGCAUGCCGAUGACCACCCCAUUGAGAUGCUCAUACGGGACUUUGAGAAGAACUACAACCUGUACAUCUAUCCUGUGCACUGGCAGUUCGCUCAGAUGGACCAGCACCCUGCUGACAGGUUCCUCUCUCACUCUGAGCUGGCCCCUCUCAGAGUGCCUCUGGUCCCCAUGGAGCACUGCACCUCCCUCUUCUUCAAAGAGUGCGAUGCCGAUAAGGACAAGCAGGUGUCUUUCAAGGAAUGGGGCCAUUGCUUCGGCAUCAAGGACGAGGACAUGGAUUUGAACCUUUUAUUCUAAAUUCAGACCUCAGUGUCUAACAGCCAGCUGAACAGAGAGAGGGCUGGCCUUCCUUCCUGGAGUAGAGAGAAGAAAUGAGUGUGUAGAUUAAUGUCUCAGUUUGUGUGUGGUGUGUGGGUAAGUGUGUGCAUGUGUGUCACACAAAAAAGUAAAUAAUUGCAGUAUUGUACUCCCUUUUUAAUGUUUCCCUUUUGAUAAAGUAUGGGGAAAUUGCUGUGUUAUAUCAGAACAGGUGAUGUAAACAAAUUAAACUAUAAAUAUGUGGAUGUUCUAAGCUUUUCAGAAAAUGACCAUUCCAUCUAAAAAUAUAUGUAUGGUACAGUAUGAACACAAAAAAGCUGUUUACUCAACCAUUACUACAAUAUCAAUGUUGUUACAGAGUGAACCUGAAGCUAACUGUCACAUUCAUGAUGAAAGGCCAAUUUCAAAUAAAUAGAAAUAAUUAUUUCUGAAAUUAAAUUGAAAUGUGAAUAUAUGUCUUCCAUACCUCAGAAGAAGACUGAAUGUUGUAAUAAAUAAGUAAAAUGUUGUAAUCGAUUUAAGCCAUUUAAACAGAAUGUUUGAUAAUGGAUAAUGGAUACACUGUAUUGUUAUUAUUUCUCUAUAAAUCUUUACAUCAUGGCUUAAUGCCCAUUUAUUCUGCUUUACAUUUAAAUGAUCUUGCAUUAAAUUUAACUGUCAUAAUGAUUUCUAUUAAAACCAGAGUACGUUUUUAUUUAUUCAUGACCAUUACAAGCAAAGGAAGCUUACAAUUUAUCCAGUGAUGUUGAAGCAAAUUAUAGCUGUAAAACACUUUGAAUGCUUUAAAUGUUUUGUUGCGCCUGCCAUGUCUUCUGCUUUAUUAACACUCUUAAUAAAAGGCAUUUUAGAUUUUC